AUGUAUAAGCGAGUCGAUCAAAAGGUGAAGCCAGUGGCUGGAACGUUUCCGGAGUUUGCCCGAGUCACGAGGCAAUUCCCGGAAGAUCCCUUGCUUAGUCUGCCGGUUUUGACUCCUAAUCCUCCGGAAUUCAAGCCAACAGAAAGGAUUUCAGAGGAGGGAAUGAAGAUGUUGCUUAUUAAUGAGGAAGGAUGGCUUUGGCCAGAAGAAAUCAAGUUAUUUCAACAUAUUAUG